AUUGAUUUAUAGAUGGGUGCUUGUUAAUGCAAAUAACAAUAGAAGGAAAUUGAGUGUGAUGUACAAUAUGAUACAAUUCAAUUAGGAACAUCGCUAACCUUAUAAGGAUAUUUAUGAAGGCACAUAAGGCAGCUUAAGUGAUUAUGAAUUGAUUCAGCCUCCUUUGGGAGAAGGAGCUUUUGGAGUGGUUUGGAAAGCAAAGCAUAAAGCCAGUGGGUAAUUUAGAGCAAUAAAGCAAAUAAAUAGUAAACAUUCUGAAGAAUAUCAAAAUAUUAUCAAUGAAGUUAACAUUUUGAAAUCACUAGUAAACUAACAAAAUAAGUUUAGGAUCAUCCAAAUAUAAUAAAGAUUUAUGACUUUUUUGAAACAAAUCAGAAAUUAUUCAUAAUAACAGAACUAUGUACAGGUGGAGAAUUGUAUGAUAAGUUGAUGGAGAUUCAUAAUUUUUCAGAAAUUGAUGCAGCAAAGAUCAUGAAACAAAUAUUACAGGCUUUAGCCUAUUGCCAUAAUUAGAGGAUAGUUCAUAGAGAUAUAAAACCAGAGAACUUAUUGUAUGAGAGUGAUAAGAAAGAUAGUCAGUUAAAAGUUAUCGAUUUUGGCACAUCUAAAAGAACAACAGGAAAGAAUUUGAGAGAAAUUAUUGGAACAGUAAGCAUAAUUUAACUUUUAAAAGGCUUACUAUAUGGCACCCGAGAUGUUUACCGAAUAGUAUAAUGAGAAGUGUGAUAUUUGGUCAGCUGGAGUUGUCUUAUAUAUAUUAUUAAGUGGCAAGCCUCCCUUUGAUGGGAAUACUGAUGAUGAAAUCUUCGAAUCAAUAAAAAAGGGAACUUAUUCAUUGUCUUCAACUUAAUGGUUAAGUGUUUCACCAGAAGCUAAAUAAUUAAUCCGAAAGAUGCUUGAGUAUCAAUAAUCUAAAAGAUAUUCAGCAUAAGAGUGUCUAAAUGAUCCAUGGAUACUCUAAUAUACAAAGGAAGAAGUUAAAGCUCCAGUCCUGGAAAGUGUCCUAACAAAUAUGAAGACAUUUAGAGUAUAUAAUAAUAAUAACUAAUGAUAGACUACUUAAAGAAUUCAAGAGGCAGCUUACAUGUACAUAAUAAAGCAAUUUACAACCAAAGAAGAGAAAGAAGAACUACUAAAAACAUUUUAAAGUCUUGAUAAAAACUCUGAUGGGGUUUUGACAAAGAAAGAAUUACUUGAAGGUUAUAUGAAGAUAAUGCCUGAAUCGGAAGCCAUUUUAUAAGUUGAUUAGAUUAUGUAGUCAGUAGAUAAAAAUCAAUCUGGUAUUAUUGAUUACUCAGAAUUUGUGAUGGCAACUAUUAAUAGAAAGACUGCCUUAACUUAAGAGCGAUUAGAGUAGGCCUUUAAAGUCAUAGAUAAAGAUAAUAGUGGAACAAUAACAAUUGAAGAGUUGAAGCAAAUGUUUUAAUCUGGAAAUAAACUUCCUUAAGAAACUUGGGAGUCUCUGAUGGCAGAAGUUGAUAAAAAUGGAGAUGGGUUGCUCUCUCUGAAAGAAUUUAAAGACAUGAUGCUCCGAUUAAUUUGA